AUGUCUAACGUGAGCUAUGAUCUUGAUACAUCCGGCGGGCUCAUGCCGCUUAUAAGAGCACUAAUCAAGCCGCCUGAUGAAGAUUUAAAUGCUUCGAAACCUAAGAAACCUCAGCAUCCGUACUACAAGCGGCCCGGUAAAGGCCACAACCACGACUCGUGCGAUGCGUGUGGUGAAGGUGGCGAUUUGAUUUGUUGUGAUCGUUGCCCGGCAAGCUUCCAUCUCGGCUGCUAUGAUCCGCCACUCGAAGAAGAUGAUAUUCCCGCUGGGUCGUGGUUGUGUCGAGAAUGUAAGGCUGGUGAUGAGAAGGGUGUCAUACGCUCCAAUAGAGUUCAGUCACCAACAGAUAAGACUGAAGGGGAAAAGAAAUCUAGAUCACUUCGUAACAGUCGUACAAACUCACUCAAUAAAAAGAAAGGCAAAGAUGAGAUUAAAGAAAAGGAAAUUGAAGAAGUAAAAGAAAAAGACAAGGAUUCAGAGCCGGGGAAAGAGUUAACACCGAUGGAGAUACUUGUUAAAGCAGCAAAGGUCAUGAACCCUAAACAGUUUGAAUUGCCGAGAGAAAUGAGGAUCCCAUGUAAUUUUCCCGGCACUGAGAAAGAUGGUAAAUCAUCGAGUGGUAUAAUAACUGUGGAUGCAUGGGGUUGUGUGCCGUUACCAGCUAAAUCGUGUUUCGUCUGUCGAGGGACCUGCAAGAUGGCGCCACUGCUGCAAUGUGAUUACUGCCCGUUAUUAUUCCACCAGGACUGUCUCGAUCCUCCAUUAACAGCAUUACCCACAGGGAGAUGGAUGUGUCCGAAUCACGUUGAACAGUAUAUAGAUUGGAAGCUCGUCAGUUCAAUAUCAGCGACCGAGCGUGCGGCUUUGUGGGAUAAAUUCAGCGAGCCAGUGGAUCAAGACGCCAUUAAAUGCGCAUUCAUACGACGAGCGAGGACAUACAGACCGGCAUUUCGUAUAAAGGUGCCGUUGUCCAGUCGUGGUAGGGUCGUAGUGCCCAGUAUGGUGAGAGCUCACUACAGUAGACCGCCGCCUCUACUGCCAUCUAGGAGGGAUUAUGUACGAUGCACUAAUGUGAUAAGGAACCUAAAAGCCGGCGGCGAUUACUGUGACUCUGAAGACGGGGAGCCUUACAAGAUAUGUAUGAACUUGAGCUGCCCACAGUACAGCGGGGGUGAAUGCCCUCUGGACUCGCCUAAAUUGAAAGGCGCCACUAAUGAGGACGCUGACGAGGAUCUUAAGGAAAUAGAAGACAGUCAGAAGAUUGAAAAGAACAACGCGUCAGACACCAGCGACAUUGACUCCGAUCUGGAGAAGAUUACGGUGAGGAAGCGGAAGGUUUCUUCAGAGGAAGGAGCUAAUAAGAGAAUGAAACUGGAGAAGUUGCAGCUGAAGGAGGAGGAGGGAGUGAAGGAACUGCUGGACGCUGUUGAGGAACAGCUGGAACAGAUCGAUGAUAGGCUGGUGAAACUGCUGGCCUGGCAGAGAUUACAGCAGAUAGCUGCUGGUGAGACGGUGUCCGGUCGCUGGCGUCACUUCCCUCCCCCCGGACAGGUCGGCAGAGCUGCCGUCGCUUUAAGCUCCGCCUCUCGGGCCUCGCUCGCUAAACUAGGUGUCAAGACGGUCCCGCUGCCCUCCGACCUCUUGGCUAGAGAGGACAGGGACCGGAUCGCGCGGCUCGUGUGGGGCUCCGCCCCCGCGCCGCCGCCCGCUCCCGCGCCACGCGAACAGCUCGCCAAUUCACUGGUCAGGGCGGUUCUGUGUCAGGUGAAGUCGUUAGACGGUGAAGGUAACUCGACGCUGACCUCGACGGUCGCUAUGCGCGGAUCUUCGCUGGUGGCUGGCGUGGACAGCGUCUGUGACCUGCGGCUGGACCCCGUGUGCUGCAAGGUGUCUGAAAUACAUGCGAGGAUUUUCAGCGACGAGGUGACUGGUCACUUCGAGCUGAUCAACUACUCUGAGUGGGGCACGCGAGUGAACGGUGUGCUGUACGCUACGGACGUGACGCAGACACGAAUAGCUGACGAGGACGAUGAGAGGACGGAGGAUCUGAGGGAGAUUGUGAGGGGGAGGAGGGGGAGGAUGACGCGCAUUUCCGGUCCACUGACGGAGGCAACAUCCGGCGGCGGGUGCUCCUGUUCGAUGAAGGGCGCAGCGCCCGGCGAGGGCGGCGCCUGGGAGGGCUCGGCGCUAUUACCACACGGAGCCCUAAUACAGUUCGGAUGUCAGAUGUAUGUGUUCAGUAUAACAGAUUACAAGACAUCAUAA